CUUGUUCCCAUCCACAGAAAAAUCAUGCUCACUUCUUUUCCCAUAUGUGCCAAGCCUUAAAAGACCUGAACAAUGCUGUAAGAGAGGUCUCCAAACACUACAAUGCCAAAGUGUCGUUAGAGCACCAGUUACCCACGGCAACACAGAGACUGAAGACGACGGAUGAAUGUGUGGUGUCCUCUCUGAUAUCUCUAGUCACGUGUACAGGAAAGUUUAACGCCUUCCUAUCAGGGAACCUAGAAUUUUUCAGCCAGUCAGCUGGCUACCGUACCAGAGGCAGUAGUAUAGGUAUAGACUCCGUGACGGAGGGCCCCCGGUCAAACCCAGCCAUCGUCUGCUACAGACAGAAGGCGGCGGGCUAUCUUAGUUCACUGGCCUCCACAGCUCCUGACUCAGUGCCUCAUCAGGUUGCUGUCCAGAACCGCCAGACGUUGCUUAGUUCUGCUGAAAGCAAAGAGGGAUUAUCCAAACAGUUAGCAAAUUUUCAAGAACGUGUUGGGAAGUUAGAGCAGGAAAAAGAACACUGGAUGUUGGAGCUACAGCUGCUGCAGAUCAAGUACGACAAUGAAAUCCAGAAAGUUAAGAAAUUGGAAAAGGAGAUUUCACUAAAACAGAAACUUGCCAUAGACUCUAUAGAGGACAACAUGAGUGAUACAGUCAGGGAGAGUAAGGAUAGAACCGCCUCAUCAAACAGUGGGAAGUUACUCAUCACUAGUGCUCUGCUAGGACAGCUUGACCAAGUAACCAGUGGAGCUAGUGACAGCGAGACCAGAGAAACCCUGAUCAAGAACCACUUUAGUAAACGAGUCAAUGAAAUGAUGUUACAACACCAACAAUUAGACAGCAAAUGUGUAGCCUUCCACUCAGAGGUACGGGCUCUACAUAAGCAACUGCAGAUAGCAAACAAGGUGAAAACGCAAGCUGAAGUGGAACUGAAGACAACGUCUCAGAGUCUGGCUCAGCUAAAGGAUGAGUUGCAGACCACCACCAAAAGUUACGAAGGUCAGCUCAGCAUGAUGAGUGAGCAUUUGGCGGGAAUGAACGAGAAACUGACGCAACAAAAAGACGAAAUAGAUGACUUGAGGUCACAGCUCAGUGUUGCCAAGGCCACUCCAGAACAACUUCGCCUAGCACAGCUUACAUCUGUUAACUCGAAAGAGGAUGCUGAAUUUGAAAAGAAAGUCGUCCAGGUUAUGGAAAUAACUGGACGUGACAAAAAUGUAUGCGAAAUUGCUUUACAAGACUGCAAAAAUGACACAGAUAGAGCUGUUAAUAUGCUUCUAGAAAAUGACUUUGAAGAGGGAAUGGGUGAAUGGAGGGAGACCACAAAGAAGAAGAAAAGACAAACACCCUCCAAUUCCACUAAUUCCAAAUCAGAUUCCAAUAAUCACAUAGAGGAGGAAUCUCCCAAACCAGAACAGACCAUAGACACAGAAAAGCCUGAUAGGCGAGAACGACCAGAGAGCAGCAACCGACGAAACAAAAGACCUGAUACACGCCCUCCACGUCUGGCCAAUAAGGGAAGGGGAGGCAGAGAUAAGCCAGAAUACUUUCGCACUGAAAAGAUGAAUGGCGAUACAGAAAAUGACAGUAACUUUGGAACAUUUGGCAACAACAAAGAGCGUGAUGGAGAUGGAAGUCGGGGGCGAGGCAGGGGGCGUGGCCGAGGGAGAGGUCGUGGUGCUGGAGGAGGAAGCAGUGGACGAGGAAGAAGUUAUAACAGACCACAGCGGUUUGACGGUGGCCCUCAAAUUGACACAUGGACCAAUGAAACAGCUGAAAAUGCAGAAAAAGAAAACAUGGCUGGAAGCUGGGGAGACAUUGAAGACUGGAGUGAAGAUCAGUGGACUGGAAGUCUCACAGAAUCCAAAGUGUUCACAUCUUCAACCAAAAACACCCAGAAAGCUGAAAAUUCUAACAGCCUGAAUGAUUCCUCGAAUGGAAUUGGUCAGAGGUUAGAUCUUGGGACUUUACUACAAAAGCCCAGCAGUGACACAGAAUCAGCCUUCAUCUCUCAGUUUAACCAGCAAGCUACAGAGUCCAUUAAAAACUCUAUUGGCAUUGGUUCUGGGAACCGAGCACAGUAUUCUAGUCAGGAGACCAGUCGAUCUACCUUCAGUAGCAGCCCACUGACAAGCACUGCUUUGACCAAUCACCUGCAGUCGUCAGCUUUGUCCUCUCAGCUCCCCAGCUCCCUGUCCAGUGACAUCACAUCCACAGCUGCAGUAGAUGCCUUGGUGUCGACAUUUACCCAGCAGGGUCAGAACAUUGCAGCGAAUGCCAAUCUGGACCAAAUCGGUGGCAGUAACUUAUUGCCUGUCGUGUCGCAAAACUCCAGUUCAGACGGCUCUUCAGCAGGAAAUCUACAGUCUGUUCUACAACAGAGGCCAAAGCCCCAGAGGUCAAAGUUACCUCCUCCCUCAAAGAUUCCUGCUUCUGCUGUGGAAAUGCCAGGACACCAGAAACAGAUGGGAAGCCUUGAUGUACAGUUUGGGAAUUGGGAGUCUUCAGCUGAAACCUCACUGUUUAGUUUUGGGUCUGACUCUUCUGUAUCAAAGAGUAUGCCGAGUACACUUGCUAGCAGUACAAACACUUCAAUGAACAAUCAUAUUUCUCAACAAAAUGAAUCUGUGAUGACCUCAAGGAUUACUACUCCUCCCAACAGUAGCUCCACCAUGGCCGGUCAAGAAUCUCCGCGAAGCAGCAUGUUCCAUAACUCACCAUACACAACUCCUACCAAGAAAGACUCCUCAGCUCUUGCUCAAAACAAGAGGAGUCCCCAUGAGACAAUGCCAUUCCCGCAAUCUCAGACUGACAGAAAAUCCAGCUCCAUGAUUGGAUCACAGAGAUCAGGAUCAAGUCAGAGUUCCAUGCAGACAAGCAAAGCUGAUUCAAGUCUGAGCUUUUCCCAGAGUGCUCCUGGGGGUUACCAAGGGUCAUAUCAGUCUCAGUCUGUACUCAGCAAUUCCACUGGACUCAGCAACUCGUCAGGACUCCGUGGAGAUGUGUCCAGUCUCAGUCGAGAUCCUUCGGUCCUGUCGUCCAUGGAUGCCACAGGAUUGUCAGUGUCAAGUCUUUCAAACUCAAGUGGAUUGACAAACUCCACAGGAAUGUCCACAGCAUCGGGAUUAGUGAAUUCCUCAGGGUUGUCAAAUUCUAGAGAUCCAUCUUCUUUAACAGGUGCUCCAGGCCUGAGUAAUUCAUCUGGAUUAUCAAAUACAGGAAAUCUCCAAAGUUCAGGACUUUCCAAUUCCACUGGUCUGUCAAACAGUAGUGGAAUGGGCAGCACUGCCUUUAAUACAACUCAGCAGAACUAUCAGAGCCAGUAUCAAUCUGGAUCUAGCCAAUACCAAGCUAGUCAGAAUCAGUAUCAGUCUGGUCAGGGCUAUAACUCAAGUUCUUCUCAGUAUCAAAAUCAGUACCAUCAGAACUAUGGACAGUCUGGGUCUUCGUUCCCCAAUCAAAAUUCAUACGGCAGUGGAAGUAGCUACAACUCGCAAUCCUCGCAGAAUUCUUUGUAUCAGUCGUCUGUGCCGACUACAUACUCGAACCAGAAUUCCGCCUCUCAAAACGCCCAGAAUUCCCUGUACCAUCAGUCAUCGCCAUCAUCUUACCAACAGAACAGUCAGUCUUAUCACAGAGACUCGCAAGCCCCCGGUGCAUAUUCGGCAAAUGUGAGUCAGUCCAACUCAAGUUCAUACCAAAGAGACAGUAGUCAGUCUGGGCUGUCCACCACAGUGUCUCAGAGCCAGACUGGAUACUCCUCUCAAACCUAUGGGUCUUCACAGCAUCAAAACAGCUUGCCAUCCAACCUACAAAGUUCACCAUUAAAUCCCAACAAACUAGGAGAUUCUCUAUCCAAGAUGUCGGUAAAAGACUCAUCGAUGGACACCAGGCAGUCGCCUCAGUAUGAUUCCUCCUCAACAACAACAAGUACUCUGACUGGAACAACAAGCACAUCCUCACUGUCCACAGGAACCAAUACCCCCUCUACAACAACUUCUACGUCCUUGCCAUCAGCUGCUGCUUCAGCUCAAACCAGUAAAGCCCCCCCAAAUUUACCCCCUGGGGUUCUUCUAGGAAAUCCUCAGUACAUCGUUGGACAGGGAACUUUGCCUUAUUUUCCCAACUUACAGGCUCUUCAACAACCUCUGUAUGGAUAUGAAGAUCUACAAUUACUUCAACAAAGACUGCCACUGCCUGGAUACAACUAUGACUUGUCUGGAUUUGGAGUUCCAACAACAUUAGGAGGUCGAGAUCAGCAAUCCCUUGGAAAUGUGCCAUAUUCAGGAACUGACAACAAGCUGACUCGGGUGGAUGCCCAGUCACCGAUUCCUACAACGCAGAACUCGUCUCAGUCCACGCACCAGCAACAACAACAACAGCAGCAGCACUUCAUCAACCUGCCCUACGGAUACUACUACCCCUCAGUGCUGCCCAACGCUGCCCCAGGGUUCCAGUUCCCCGGCACACCCAUGUUCCCUGUUCCUCCAGCGACCAACACUGCACAUGCUGGUACAUCAGCCUCGGCCCAGUAUCAGAAGUAUGGAUCACACUAUGGAAGCAAACAAGGGUAUGAAGACCUGACUCAGGCCACAGAUUUCUCUAAAUCCAGCUAUUUGAAUCAGUCCCAGAAUAAAGUGUCCUCUGUAUCAGGCGGCACAGUGACAGCUGCAGAUCUGCCAGGAACAGGAUACGGCAAAUCUCACACCCAGGCAUUUGACAAGCAAGGCUUUGCUGCAGGUACCCCUCCUCCUUUCAGUUUGCCUCUAGCAGCUGGAACCCAAGCUGGUCCCAUGGGAGCCCCAACAAACCCAUAUGGCACCCCAGGUCCAUUUAUUCCUGUGAUGCCUCACUCCCAGAUUCACCAUCCCACACUUCAUCAGGACUCUAGUCCAGGAACCAGCCGAGGGAGCCAAGCUCAGAACACAUCCCAGUCUAAAGCAAACGCUGCCAAGACCUACAAUGUAGGGAGCUACUGGGGCAGCAGCUAGACACUC